ACCAGCUAAGGCUCCAGCGGACUGCUGGUAGACAUGGCCACUUCCCACUUACCCCCAGCAACACUAACGUUAAAGCAGUUCAUCAGAAGGCGGCAAGUUCUUCUCCUUUACAGAAGGAUUUUCCAAACAAUUCAGCAAGUUCCAAAUGAUUCUGAUCGCAAAUACCUGAAGGAUUGGGCAAGGGAAGAAUUCAAAAGAAUUCAAGAGGAUACAAUUCGGAUGAUGAUUACUCAAGGUAAUAUGCAGCUCCAGGAGUUAGAAAAAACACUUGCUUUAGCAAAAUCUUAACUAUAGCAUUAUUCUGAAGGAUUUUCAAAGUCUCCAUGUGUUUUGUUGCACUUAGGAUUAACAAUGGACAACACAAAGCCCAGUCUUACUAUUUGUAUGUACAAUAUUUGGUGAUAGAGAGCAAAGGAAAACACAUCAAAACAGUUGCCUUAACACUGAAAAACACACCCUGCAUUUUGAAAAUGUUUAUGGAUGGCUCAGCAGUUUUUAAAAGAAGCAAAAACCACUAACAAAUGGACAGUUUGCACAUGAAAAGAUGCCGGACACAAUCACUAGGGAAGUGUAAAUCUUUUUCUUUUUUUGAAUUGGAGUCUCCCUCUUUCGCCCAGGCUGGAGUGCAGUGGCUCAAUCUCAGCUUAC